AUGUGCCACAGAGUCGCCUUGAUCCUCCCAAGAGGAAACGUGUGCCUGUGUGCUUUUCAUUUGGCAGCAGGUUCACCGGUCAUGUCCGGGUACUACGGCGUCCGAAGAUCUUUCCUGUCCGACUCGGACUUCCACAGCACCAAGCAAUUUGCAAACGAUGCGUGCACCUCCAGCGUGGCCAGGCCCUUUCCCUGCGAGUCCUCAGCCGGGCAGAGCCACCCCGCCCUCCUAGAUUCCUACUUCCCGGAGUCCUAUGGGGACCACCGCCCGCCGGCCCUCACCCCCAGCGCGGGCCCUCUGUUCGGCGCCUCGCCCCUGCCGCCGCUCCUGCCACCGCCCUUCCCCAGCGACCCCACACACUUCGUGCUGAGAGACUCCUGGGAGCAGACAGUGCCGGAUGGUCUCAGCCAGCUCGACCCUGUGCCCACCGACGCCCUGCAGACCUUGCCACCCAGCACGAGUUGCCUCUCCCAGCUGGAGUCGGGGAGCACUGCCCAGCACCGGAGCCCCAGCUGGGGGCCUCCCCUGGCUGGGGCUCAGUCUUACUCGUUGCAUGCACUGGAGGAUCUGUACCACACACCAGGGUACCCCACCCCGCCCCCAUAUCCUUUCGCCCCCUUCACCACAGUGUCCAACGACCUACCACCCAAGGCAGUGCCCCUCUCGCCAGACGAGGGGUCAGAUGCCUCUACCCUUCAGGACCCUUCUUCAUGGACCAAAGAAGACGGGAGCAUGGUGUGGGGGUCAUACGAGUGCCGCCGAGCUUACUGA